AUGCACAGCCGGCAGAAGUCCGUGGUGUUCUGCGUCGCUGGCGUCGUCAGUUUCUCGUGCGUGCUGACGGCCGCCGUGGCGGUCGGUCUCCCGUUCUGGGUCCGCGGUACCGUGCUGUGCCAAACCGGAGCGGAGCUGGUGAACGCGUCCGGGCCGGAGCUGGACAAGUUCCUGGGUAACGUCAGAUACGGACUGUUCGGAGGGGAGAGAGUCAAGCAGUGUGGCCUCGGAGGUAGAAACCUCAACUUCUACUUCUUCCCAGAUCUGGUUGACGCCAUCCCAGCCGGCCUCCACGUCACUGUCCUCUUCUUCUGUGGUGUCCUCAUCGUCUUCUCCUCUGUGGCCUCAGGAUUCUUCUUCUUCAACGCCUUCGGCAAACCCUACGAGACGCUGCACGGCCCCAUGGGACUUUAUCUCUGGAACCUCAUCUGCUGUGUGUGUAGCUGCAUGGUGAUGGUUCUCUUUGCGUCAGAGGUGAAGCUCCGGCGGCUGUCGGACCGGAUCGCCAACUUCAAGGAGACCACCUUCCUCUUCCGGACGCACACGGAGUGCUACGACAGCUGUUUCUGGCUCUUCUUCCUCAUCUUCUUUCUCCAUGGACUCAACAUCCUGCUGAUCCGGCUCACAGGGAUCCAGUUCCCUUUCCGUGAGGCGAAGGAGUCAGAUCUGAACAGUGGGGCGGCAGAUCUGAUGUACUGA